UUUAGGAGUCAGCAUCAAGAGGUAAAAGACAAGCUGGGCAUUAAAAAUGAGAAGAUUCAUCAAUCGUUAGAACCAAAAUGUAAAAAAAGCUUUAGCUUUUGCUUUGGUUAUAGUUUUUUGCAGUGUGGAAGUGUCACGUCACAGGUCACACACACAACAACUUGGGGUGAAGAAGGUCCUUGUAAAAAAGUUGGACGUUGUCUUCAUAAAUUUGUAUUAAUUGAAUCAUACUUAUGGCCCAUCUCUAAAAACCACUAAGAGAGCGACAAAACCAGAGUUUGUAUCUGUCCCUACUCCAUCCAUGGCUGCUAAAACCUUGUGAUUACCUUCUUGUCUCCUUCCUCUUCUCUUUCCCUCUUUUAUAUAACAACCAAACUAUCAGAGCUUUUGUUCAAUCAUCACUUCUCUCUCUCUCUCUCUUUCCUCUGUCAAAAGAAAAUCAUGGCGACUAUUGAGGAAAGCUCUGAUUUGGAAGCUAUGCAGAAGCAUCUCUUUGAAGACUUUCUGGUAUCUGAUGGUUUCUUGGGAGAUUUUGACUUUGAUGCUUCUUUUGUCUCUGGACUUUGGUGUAUAGAACCUCAGGUCCCUAAACAAGAACCUGAUUCUCCAGUUCUUGAUCCGGACUCUUUCGUCAACGAGUUUCUGCAAGUGGAAGCCAAAUCAUCACCAGAACUGAAUACAUCAUCAUCAUCAACAUACGAGACUGAUCAGUGUGUGAAAAAGGCAGAGAGGUUUGAAGAAGAAGUGGAAACGAGACAUUACAGAGGAGUGAGACGAAGGCCCUGGGGGAAAUUUGCGGCAGAGAUUCGAGAUCCGGCAAAGAAAGGAUCAAGGAUCUGGCUUGGAACAUUUGAGAGUGAUGUUGAUGCUGCAAGAGCCUAUGACUGUGCAGCUUUCAAGCUCCGGGGUAGAAAAGCCGUGCUCAACUUCCCUCUUGAUGCCGGGAAAUACGAAGCUCCGGCGAAUUCAGGAAGGAAAAGGAAGAGAAGUGAUGCCCAGGAGGAGCUUCAAAGAACUCAUAGCAACUCAUCUUCAUCGUCCUGUGAUGCAUUUUAACAUUUUAAGAGUGUGAGCAGUUUCCUUAAGUUGUAUAAAUUAAUUGCACAAAGGAACCGAACUGUGUAGAUUAGUGUGCCUUGCAACAAAUGUGUAUGGCUGGAUGUUCUGUUACUUCAUGUCCCUAAGAUUUACUUCUUAUUGCUAAGAUUGUUAUUAAGUUCCAUAACUCUAAAUAAUCUUAACUAGUGAGGUCAA